AUCUAAUGCCGGCCUGACGGUGUUAGGGGACCGCGUAGCUCUUUAUUCGCUUUCAGUCUCUAGUAUAUGCUGCGCUGCUGCUUCGCGUCCCUCAUCUGUCAGCCAGUCACCUUCCGCGCCGCGAGUAGUCACAUGGAGCGAGCAACCUAAGUUAUGAGUCUCGACCUCAUAGCCGUAGACACUCCGUGGAUUGUAUAUUAUCAGACAAUCUUAAUAACGGCAGAGUCGUGAUGCGUGAGGAGUCUAUUUUUGAGGCGCCGCAAAUCUAGUUAUGAGUCUCUUGACCCCAUGGCCGUAGACACUCUGUGGAUUGUGUUUUAUUAGACAGUCUUAUGCAGCGACAGACUCGCGAUGGGGGGGUGCUUCUCCAUACACGAAGAGCCUCUAUCUCCGCGGCAAAGUAAAAAGCCGCGCUCUCCAGGCCCAAAAGGGUCCCCUCUCGCGAGCGGUACGCCAAGGAGACCCAGGGCCUCGUCGCCGGGACGUAAAGAGCCCGAAGCAGCGCACGAAUACACCGUCGCUCCCGUGGACGUUAUUCUCGGGCUCAAGCCGUCGGGUAGCGUCGGCACAGGUGCAGACAACAGCGGUUACCGUGCCGAAACAGUUAAUAGCGGAGCAGUCAAUAGCGGUACGGUUAAUAGCGGGACAGUUAGUGGGGCUACUAGCGGGACGGCCAGUGGGCAGCAGAGCGCCGCGCCUAGUGGCGUGACACGUAAUGGCACCUCGUCACCACAUCUGCAGUCGCCACGUCAGCUACCCGCAUACCAGCGACAGCCACAUCAGCAGCCACCGCAUCACCAGCCGCCGCACCAUCAACCGCCACAUCAGCAGCCGCCAUAUCAGCAACCGCCGAAUCUGCAGCUGCCACACCAGCACCCGCCACAUCCGCACCCGCCAUAUCAGCAGCCGCCACACCACCAGCCGCCACCUCAGCAGCCGCAGCAGCCACAGCAGGAAGCGCUGCCGCAGCAGGAGCCAAGCCAGGUCCCCAGCCCAAGCCUCAGCCACGGUUCUAGCGUCGGCCCGAGCCUGACUCAGAGCCACGGCAGCCAGGGAGCGACAGCUGGGAGCGUGCAGAUAGCCGCCACCCUCCUUCAGUUCUCUUAUAACGAGUUGUUCGAGGCUACUAACGGGUUCAGCAGGGAGGGCAAGCUGGGGGAGGGCGGAUUCGGGAGUGUGCACAAGGGAAGGGUGCAUGUGGGAGGGGGGAAGAUGGAGGAAGUUGCUGUGAAGGCGCUGAACCAGGAGGGGUAUCAAGGCGAGGCGGAAUGGGUGACGGAGGUUCGGUACCUGGGCGCGCUGGGGCACCCGAACCUGGUGCGGCUGGUGGGGUACUGCAUGGAGGGCGAGCACCGGCUGCUGGCGUACGAGCUGAUGGAAUACGGCAGUCUUGAGAGAUACCUCUUCAGACGCAACGUGACCCCUCUGCCGUGGAACAUCCGCAUGAAGGUUGCCUUGCAUGCAGCGAGAGGCCUGGCGUAUCUGCACGAGGAGACGGAGGCACAAGUUAUUUACCGCGACUUCAAGGCGUCCAACAUCCUGGUGGACAGGGAGUUCAACGCCAAGCUGUCGGACUUCGGGUUGGCAAAGGAUGGGCCGGUGGGCAGCGACACCCACGUGUCGACGCGAGUCAUGGGCACGUACGGCUAUGCUGCUCCCGAGUACAUGCUCACAGGGCAUCUGACCGCCAAAUCUGACGUCUACAGCUUUGGUGUUGUCCUCCUGGAGAUAAUUUCCGGGCGGCGGGCAGUCGAGCGAAACUUUCCGCCCGGGCAGCAAAACAUAGUGGAGUGGUCGGCGCCGUUCUUUGCCGACCGUCGGAUGCUGGUCCAGAUCGUGGAUCAACGGCUGGCAAACCAGUUCUCGGUAAAAGGCGUGGUGAAAGCUGCCAGGCUGGCAUAUAACUGCUUAAAGAAGGAUCCCAAGGAACGGCCUCUCAUGUCCGAUGCUGUUCAGUCUCUAUCCGUGCUCCAAAACCUCACGGAUUUCCCACCAGCAGCACCAGCAGCACCAGCACCAGGUCCAGCAGCAGCAGUAGCAGCACCAGGAAAUCCAACAGCACAGCCACAGGGGCAAGUGUAGGAGUACCUUAGGGGUUGUGAACACAGUACAACUUUGCAUCACUCUUGCUGAGAUCCACAACUGUGGUUGCUAGGUCUUGCAGUAGCGAGUACUAAGUUAUCAGUCUAUUAGGUUAUUAAGUUUAUUAAGUUACUUG